AUGUCAUGUCGGUCCGGAUUGCACGUUGACCUUCGGGCGUCUCCAAUGCGCCAGUCCCUGCUCCGCUCAACAGUAACCACCGCUUUGCUCGGAGUCCCCACCCAGCCCACGAUGCCGGCCGUCAUCACCAAUGGCGCCCAGCCGCCGAACCAUGGACUGACAAAAUUUACCAACUGCCGCUUGUUGCGCGGCGACCGCCUGGUCCAGGCCGAUCUCUGGGUUAGCUCCGAGACGGGAAAAAUUGUCGAGAGCCAGACCGUCUUCUUUGACGACCUGGUGCUGCCCGCCGAGACGGUCGACCUGGGCGGCCGUAUCGUGUCCCCCGGCAUGAUUGAGUGCCAGCUCAACGGCGCGUUCGGCUUCAACUUUUCCACCCUGCUCGACGACAUGUCACAAUACGGCAAAAAGGUCAAGGAGUGCCAGAAGCUCCUGGUCCAGACGGGCGUCACAUCCUACAUCCCCACCAUUACCAGCCAACGACCGGAGCUCUACCAAAAGGCGCUUCCCUUUCUGGGUCCAUCAGGGCGCUCGCACGCGGCCGAAGACGGUGCCGAGUCGCUUGGCGCCCACUGCGAGGGGCCCUUUCUUAACCCGACCAAGAAUGGCGUGCACAAUGUCGACGUGCUGAUCGAGGCUCAGACCUUUGCUGAUCUCGAGGCCUGCUACGGCGCGGAGAACCUGUCCCCCGCCACGCCGGGUGGCGUUAUCCCCGUCAAGAUGAUCACGGCGGCGCCCGAGCGCGGCAACAUGAUGAGCCUCAUCCCCGACAUCACGGCGCGCGGCAUCCGCUACUCGGUUGGGCACUCAGAGGCCACCUACGAAGAGGCGUCGCAAGCCGUCGGGCAGGGCGCCACCAUGAUCACGCACCUGUUCAACGCCAUGCGCCCGCUGCACCACCGCAACCCGGGUAUCUUCGGCGUGCUGGGCGAGGCCGAGAGCCUCCCCCGCCCGUACUUUGGCGUCAUUGCCGACGGCAUCCACUUGCACCCCACGACCAUCAAGAUUGCCUUUAAUGCCCACCCGGAGGGCUUCAUCCUUGUCACCGACGCCAUGCACCUGGUCGGCCUGCCGGACGGCGCGUACCCGUGGACCAACGGCGAGACGACGGCCAAUAUUAUCAAAAAAGGCUCCAAGCUGCUGCUGGAGAACUCUGACACCAUUGCUGGAAGCUCCAUCACUCUGCUAGAGUGCGUCAACAACUUCCUUGAGUGGUCGGGCGAGGGCAUCCCGCAGGCGCUCAAGGCUGUCACAGCCUCGCCGGCCGCCAUGAUGGGUCUGCAGGGCGUCAAGGGCUCGCUGGAAGCCGGCGCGGAUGCGGAUUUGCUCAUCUUUUCCGAGGAGACGACGACCAACGGGCACCACAAGCUGAUCCUGGACGAGGUGUGGAAGUUUGGCACGCGCCUGCCCAAGGUUCAUGCAUAG